AUGGACAGGUACGGGAAAAGGCCCUACCAAUAUUUCAAGCUAUUACAGACAGCCCAAAGGGAACCUAAGGAAACAUACAGAGGACUUAUAGCAAGAAUUGAACAAUAUCUUACUAGAUUUGUGGACGCAGUAGAGGAUGUCAUGGAAAAAUUCAAAGAGGAAUAUUUUCUUAGUGCAUUGCCAGUGUCACAAGCACAAUGGAUACGCCGUAACAAAGGGUCAAGCAGUGUGGUUGAAGCCGCAGAGGAUUAUAUUCUACCUGAACGGAAUAUAAACAAAUCAACGCAAGGAGAGGUCAAUGGCCGUGAUAUUAGUUUUGUGAAAGACACUGGGUCAGCGAUGACCUUGAUUAGGGAAGACCUGGUGGACCCAAGUUGUGUAUUGGAGGGUCAGCGGGAGAUGUACAGCGACUGGACAGCCGUUUUCGCCAAACUGGCUAUCGUUGAUAUGGACACGCCAUAUUAUCAGGGACAUGCUCAGGUCGGAUUAGUGCCUGACCUUGUCGCUGAAGCCCUGUUGGGGGUAGACAUCAUAGAGAGACAAUCAAAGGCUGUGAAUGUUGUUACGCGUGCACAACAUCGUAAUAACAUUGCUGAAGAAAGGCUAGCUGAGGACAAGGCAAAGGAAUGCCAUGUAAAAGUUGGAAUGGACCCCGACACGGACCAAGUGGAUGCCAGUAAGGGAAGUGAUGUUGGACAGGCGAACGAUGUGGACCUGGACCAUGGCGAUGGCGUUGGUGAGGACAUUGACAACAUCAGUGAGACUGUAUCCCACAGCAAUGGGGAUGAUACAGUUAACAUCACAACAGAGGAACCGCUUGAACUUUCUGCUGUAAAUGCUGAAGUGCUUAGUAAGCUUCAGCAGGAAGAUCCAACUUUAGCCAACAUUCGGAGAAAAGCUGCAAGUUCAGAGGAAUCUGUGCAGGAAGAUAGGAAUGCCCUGUACUGGGAAAAUGGGAUUCUCCGUAGGAAAUGGGAGUCUAGUGAUGGAGCCCAACAUGGAGUCCAGGUAGUACUACCAGAGGCACUACGUCUCAAUAUCAUUAAAUUGGGACAUGAUAGACCACUUGCGGGACAUUUAGGGAUAGAAAAGACCAAAGAGCGUGUCGUUAAUUCGUUCUAUUGGCCAGGAAUUUUUAAGGACAUACAGGAAUACUGUAGUACUUGUAACGUAUGUCAAAAGACCGCCAGAAGACGUGGUGACGAGAAAGCUCCAUUAGGACAACCACCGAUCAUUAGUGAGCCAUUUUACAAAAUAUCUAUGGAUGUUGUUGGGCCACUGUCUCGAACAAAGAAGGGGAACAGGUUUAUUCUUACCGUUAUGGAUGACGCAACAAGGUACCCAGAGGCUUUUGCAUUAAAGAAUGUGGACGCAGAAACCAUAGCUAACACAUUGGUGGAACUGUUCAGUAGGGUAGGAGUGCCUCGUGUUAUUCUGACAGACCAGGGCACAAAUUUCACCUCAAAAAUGAUACAAGAACUCUACCGUGUGAUGGGAAUCAAGGGCAUAACAACAUCGCCAUAUCACCCACAGGCUAAUGGGAAGGUAGAAAGAUUUAACGCAACUCUCAAAGCUGUGUUAAAGAAACUCUGCACGUCAAAUCAGGAAGCCUGGGACGAGCUGUUGCCAUAUGCAUUGUUUGCAUAUAGGGAAGUACCCCAUGAGGAAACGGGAUUCUCACCAUUUGAGAUGCUAUAUGGAUGGCCGGUCAGAGGACCAUUACAGAUUUUAGAGCAAGCCAUGACAGGUGAAGGAGAGCUUAGAAAAUCUGUCAUUGACCAUGUUGUUCAGAUGAGAGAAAAGCUCGCAAUGGUUAGAGAAACAGUACAGGAAAACCUGACAAUCAAACGGCAAAAGAUCAAAGAGUGGUACGACAGGAGCGCCACAAAACGGGAACUUCGACCUGGGGACGAGGUUCUACUAUUACUACCAUCAGACACAUCAAAAAUGGUCGCCCAAUGGAAAGGACCAUAUAGGGUCAUAAGGAAAGUCAACGACGUCAACUAUGAGGUCAAUGUUGGAGGACGUCGUAAACGAGUUGUUUAUCAUAUCAACCUACUACGGAAGUACAAUAGAGCUGUCCAAAACGUCAUGUUUGUCGAAAAGGUUGACAUCGCCGAUUCUGAUUUUGACGGUUCUAAUUCAACAUUGGAGGUAACACUGGAUGUUACACUUGGCAAAAUGUUAGAUAAGUCACAGCGCCAAGAAAUCCGUCAGCUUUGUCAAGAAUACAGUGAUGUCAUAAAUCCUAAUCCAGGAAAAACAUUGUUAGUUACGCACAGCCUGAGGACAACGUGUGAGAAACCAAUCCGACAACAGCCAUACAGAAUUCCUCAAGCCAAAAAACAAGAGGUGAAGAAAAUGUUGGAUGAAAUGAUAGAGCGUGGUUAUAUAACACCUUCCUCAAGUCCAUACUCAUCUCCAAUAGUUUUGGUGGAAAAGAAGGAUACUACAACUCGGCUAUGUGUGGAUUACAGGAAACUCAACGACGUAACUGUAUGUGACGGGUACCCAAUACCCAGGGUGGACGAGAUAUUUGAAAAGCUAGGCAAAGCUCAAUACCUCAGCACUAUGGACCUAGCAAAGGGAUACUGGCAGAUACCUCUGUCUCCAGAUUCACAGGAAAAGUCAGCUUUCGUAACUGAAUUUGGACACUUCCAAUUCAAGGUAAUGCCUUUUGGUAUGAAAACAGCGCCUGCUACAUUUGCAAGAACGAUGGACAGACUGUUAGCAGGAGUAGAACAUGUGUUCGCUUACUUUGAUGAUAUAGUGGUAUACAGCGACACAUGGAAGGAACACCUUGAACAUAUCAAGACUGUAUUGGACAAACUUCGGGAAAGUGGAUUAACAGUAAAGCCAUCAAAAUGUCAAUUUGGUGAAGAGGAACUUUACUGUCUGGGACACAUUGUCGGGAAAGGAAAGCUUAAACCAGAUAGUCGGAAGGUUCAAGCCAUGGUUGACUUCCCCCCCCCCAAACCAAAAAAGGGAUUAGGUCAUUUCUAG